AUGCACGAACUGUCUGAUAUAGAAAAUAGGGUUAAUUGCAUGAUAGAAGGCGCCUGUAAAAGGAUCAGAGAUCCUAUUAUGUACAAAACAGAUUACCUAAAGCGUGUACAGGAGAUUAUAAACAGCUCCAACAUUUCUAACAUAAAAACAAGCCUUAAAGAGUGCACUCUUUUCAUGUCAAUGUGCACCCAGGACAUAGUUUCGCAUUUGGAGUACCUAUCUACUCCAGAGUCUGAUAUACUGUGUUUUGUCUUCCGGUUCAACACGAAAAUAAUCAUGCAGGAAAUAAUGGAAGACUACUCUGUCGUUUUGAGGAUACUUGAUGCAGACCCUGACAAAAAAUACGAUGUUCUUCUACGCAUACUCACAGAAAAGUGUCUGCACUGGUUUAAUCUGUACUCGCACAAUCUAUCGCUCUAUUCAGGCACUGAAGAAAUAGAAAAGUGCACGCUUCUUACCUCUAAGCUGUCCAUAGUCUAUGUGAACAAAAUGACAAUAUUUAACAAGAGCUACUGGGAAGACUUGCUUGAGGUACUUGAGAAAAACCUCCAGAGCUGCCACGGGUUUGAAGAGAUAGAAAAAAGCACAGAGAAAGACUUCAAGAAACUGCUAAACACAGAGAAAACCCUGAUACAAAUUCUAAAUGAACUUUUGGGAUACUCUAACCAGAUGAUCGUAAAGCCCAUUGAAAAUAACUGUCUGAAUAAGGACCAAAAGAAGAACAUAUCCAUGAUCCAGGCUCUGAUUGAAAAUUGGAGCACUUUUCCGUUUAUACAGGACAAUGUUCAUCUGUUGCAGGAGAUGGACACGCUAGACAUGGUGUCUUUGCUGGACAACUUCGAGAGCGCAGGCUUUCUCAAAGGAAUGGACAGGUUUCUAGGCCGUCUCAAGAUAUACAAGGACUCUCUUUCCGUAAGUCUUUCCCAAAUCCCUGCACACUCAGAGAGCAUAGACCACGUAAGCCCUGAAAAUAUUGCAAAUUUGAAAAAGUUUACUCUUGUCCAGGACAUGAUCAAAACAGUGAACAAAACAGCCGAGACUAUACACAUGAAAUACAACACAAUGUGGUUUGAGCUUGUGGUGCGCGACACGUGUCUGCCCAUCAUUCUGUUUCUUCUUUUUUUUGGCGCACAGUCUGCAUACUGGGCAGGCAGCACUGCUGUUUCAAUGAUGCAUACACACAGUGCUAACAAUGAGCCCAACACCCUGGAAGCAACCUUUGUAACGCUUUCUAUCCUUGCAACUAUUCUUGGCUUCUUUCUCUCUGUGAUAUAUCUUGAGGAGUUUGUGCCGAAGAGAAAGUACGUGUUCUUGCUCUCCAGCCUUCUACUAGUGCUUUUAUACGGUGGGUCAGCCUUUCUGAUGUCUCUUGUUUUCUCCAACAAGAGCGUUGGCGCAUUCUUUUUGUGGUUUGACAACCUAGCUCUAUUUUUGUUUGUGCUUGCAUCGCUGGGCAACAUAUACUCCUCAAUGAAGCUCAACCGCCAUAUACACGCAUGGAGUCUGUUUAUAUUCACAGCUCUAGUUUGCAUUUUCUGGGAGACACUCUUUGUGUGGCAGAUAUGCGAUGCCCAAAUUUUAGUUAAGGCGUAG